GAAGCAGGCCAGGCGAUGGAGGGGGUGGGAGAGAAGCUUCCAAGGCUCCUGCACCCCCUAAAGGCCGGGGGGCGUCCCCUGGCCAAGCCCCCCCCCUUCCCCUCCCUCGCCCAGCAGAGCCCCCGCGCGGCCCGGGCGUUGCAACGGCCGAAGCGGCGUCCGCGGGGCGUCUCUCGUGCGGAGCCGCUGCAGCUGCCGGGACCGUUCGGGGAGGAGACUCGGGGAACGGCCUCCCCGCCUGCCUCCUCCGUUCCGGCCCGCCCGGCUGCAGCAGCCAUGGAGCCUCCGCCGCUGCUCGGGCUGCUCCUGCUGCUGCUGGCCGGCUUCGGCCCCGGCUUGGCCGAGCACCGGGCCGACUACGACCGCGAGGCGCUGCUGGGCGGCCAGGAUGAAGUGGAGGAAUUUUCCAAACUGAGCCCGGAGGAGCAGCAGAAGCGUCUGAAAGUGAUCAUAAAUAAGAUUGACGGAGAUCUGGACGGCUUCCUCACCGAAGCCGAGCUGAGUUCCUGGAUCCAGCACUCCUUCAAGGAUUACGUCAUCGAAGACGCCAAGCAGCAGUUCCACCACUACGACAAAGAUGGCGACGGGAGGGUCUCUUGGGAGGAGUACAAUAUCCAGAUGUACGACCGGGUCAUCGACUUCGAAGAGGACACCACGCUGGACGAUGUUGAAGAAGAGUCCUUCCGGCAGCUCCAUUUAAGGGACAAGAAGAGGUUCGAAAAGGCUAACAUGGAAGGCGAUUUGGUGUUGGAUUUUGAGGAAUUUGUCGCCUUUGAACAUCCGGAGGAGGCCGACUACAUGAAGGAGUUCGUCAUCCAGGAAGCUUUGGAGGAACAUGACAAAGAUGGGGAUGGAUUUGUCAGCCUCGAAGAGUUCCUCGGCGACUAUCGAAGAGAUCCAACCGCCAAAGAAGAUCCGGAAUGGAUUGUGGUGGAAGAAGACCGCUUUAAAAAUGAUUACGACAAGGAUAAGGAUGGGAAGCUGAACCCCAAAGAGCUGCUGACUUGGGUGAUGCCCAACAAUGAAGGCCUUGCCCAGGAAGAGGCUGUUCAUCUCCUUGACGAAAUGGACUUGGAUGGAGACCGGAGACUGUCAGCCAACGAAAUCCUUGAAAAUCAAGACCUGUUCCUCAACAGCGAAGCCACCGAUUACGGCCGACAGCUCCAUGACAAAAGUUUCUACCACGAAGAGCUUUAAUUUCCAAAAGCUUUGCCUUCCUUUCAAAAUUAAGAUUUUUUUUUCUCCCCCCCUCUUGUUGUUCAGCUUAAAAAAAUAAUAAUAAUGCCAGUUGGGCAGCAAUUUUACGUGGCUAACGUCCCCUGUACGUUGCCAGUAUUACUUUUGGCGGUCUAAUUUAUAAAAGAAGAAGAAGGAGGAAAAAGAACGGAGAUCUUUAAUGCUCAGAUUUCAAAACUGCUUUUUGAAACGUACUUGAAAAUACCAGGGUAUGACUGCAAAGUAAGCCCUCUUUUCGGUUAGAUUUUCAUUAUUUUAGGAAAGGGAAAACGCAGUUGUAGCUGUCUUGGUUCUGUGGUGUUAAUAGUUUUUCUAUCCUAUUUUGUAUAUUACAAAAUUCAGGAGGAUGAAGUGUUACCUACGAGGUUUCGGUGCCUAUUCCCUUGUUUUGAUGGUAGACGAUAGGGAAAUAUUUUCGCAUUUGGGAAGUAUUCUAUUUACUUGGAUUAAAAUGUUCAAAUGCCA